AUGUGGUGGCUUCUGAUUCUUCUAGGCAUCACCAGUAGGUGUUGGGGAGCCAUCCAGAGACCGGACUACGACGACACGGACUCCCCGGAGUUCCUCAACCCAUCCUGGAUGGCGAGCAUCCCUGAUGAGCGGCCCCUGUCCGAGCUCACCAUGCCUGGCUCCCACAACACCAUGGCUCUGUACGGUGGCGUCUAUGCCGAAUGUCAGACGUGGAGCCUGGAGUUGCAGUUACGCGCCGGUGUCCGCUUCUUGGACGUGCGCGUCCGCCACGUGGAGGGCAACCUCACCAUCCACCACGGAGUGGUGUACCAGCACGCCCACUUCGGCGAUGUACUGAAAGAUGUGAGAGACUUCCUAGCAAGUUACCCUAGUGAGACUGUGUUGAUGCGUGUCAAAGAGGAGUUCAGCGAGACCAACAACAUCUACGGCGCUGUGGUAGAGCACGUGCGGCGUUACGCCCACUGGGAGAUGCUGUGGCACAGUCGUUUGGUGCCCAGCAUGGGCCAGGCGCGAGGUAAGCUCAUCAUCUUGCAGGACUUCUCUGGGCCAGACUUAGGGAUGCGCUACGCCUCCAUGGACAUCGCUGAUCACUGGAAGGUUCCCACGCUUCAGUACUUGGAGGAGAAGUGGCGGAGCGUCUAUGAGCACCUGGAGGCGGCACCUGAGGGGAACAAGGAACGGAUGUUCCUCACCUACAGCAGCGGGGCUGGCAUCUUUGCCUUCCCAAAUACCGUGGCGCAACAAAUCAAUCCUCAGUUGUACGAGUACUUAAAGGCAAAAACUGACCCGAACCAACGCUUUGGGAUCAUUUGCAUGGACUUCCCUGCUGCUCCAUUGAUCCAGACCAUCAUUUCCUUCCAACUAAAAGUGGCAAGAACAUCUUCAGUGGAACACCUGGACGCAAGCCAGCGUCAUGACAUCACGCUCGCACGUUUCGAGACCGCCGAGACACGACUGGUGUUACCACGGCUGAGGUCAGACGUGGAUAUCUCCAGAAUUGCCUACUACACAGAAUCGGUGUACUUAGAGAGCACCAAGAAGCAGCAGGAAGGCGAGCGCCAUCAGAGAGCCGAAGAUAAAGAGGUCCUCGACGUCCUCAAUCUGGAGAGACGUUAA